AUGCGCAGUGGAAUGUCCUUUUCAAAGUACGCCAUUUUGUAACAGUAGACCGCCUGUUUUCGCGCAAGAGAGCAGCUAUUCGGUGAUUGCAAACACUUUUUUGUUGCGUUUUCUCAGUGUAAUAAUGGCUGAAAACUCUUCGGCAGGAGAAGCUGGGGCUGUUGAGAUUCCGGAGGGAGCGAUUCGCAAAUUGUCGGAGUUGAGAGUCAUUGACUUAAAAGCCGAAUUAAAAAGACGAAAUCUGGACACCAUUGGCAUCAAGAGUACGCUGACUGAGAGGCUGAAAAAGGCGAUUGAAGAAGAGGGUGGAAAUCCAGAUGAGAUGGAGGUUGUUCUCGAUGGAACUCCUAAGAAGGCACUGGCUAAACGGACCUCCAAAGGGAAAAGACAGGAGAACGAUGAACCAGAGGACUGCACCAUGGAGGAAGAUUCGGGUGAUGGGCAGGAUGACAUGGAGAACAUGCAGGACAUGGACAUCCUGGAUAUGAAUGUGCUUGAUGAAGCUGAGAAUGACAACGGUAUGCCAGGAGAGGACGAGUAUGACACAGAUGAAGUCCUGAAUGAAGAUGAACACGACAUCGGCAUCUCUGGCUUUACUGGGCCAAUGGGCAAAGCCAAACCUGAAGAGGAUGUACAGCCUAAAGUAGCAGACAUGGAAGAUAAUGAUCUCACUUGCCCAUCAGCUAAGGAGGUUCAAGAGAAGGUUCCGGGUCCCGAAGACUCAAAGGAAGAAAUAGAAAAUGAGAAAGUAGCCGGGUCUUGUUUAUCUGAGCCACUAAAUGAAGAGUGCCAGGAGCCACCAACUGAAGAUCAAGACACCAUCGGGGACACGAUCAAUGUUGCAGAGGAAGACGAUGUGUGCGACACCACUAAUGCAGAGGAGGCCAUCAAUGUAGAGACUGAACUGUCGACCAGCGACAAGGACGUUGCUAAGCUAACUGAACGUCAAAUGAAAGAUGCUGAGAACACGCAAAAUGUCCCGGAAGAGACCGUUGACACUGAAAGUACUCAGGCUGUUAGUGUAAACGAGCAGGGCGAAAGCGCUGUUGAUUCUGAAAUGGUUUCUAAGGCUGAGGGUGAGGAGGAAGACAAGACUGAAGAGAACGCUGCAGAAUCAACGGCAGUGAAAGAGUCCUCUUCUGUUGAGGGCGAUGAUCAGAAAAAGAGUUCUGAUGAGGAAAAGGGUAGCAAGCCUGACUCAAAAGAGGAUAAGGCCCCUGCAGGCAAUGCUCCAGCUAGUAGUGGCAGAAACCUGUGGGUUAGCGGGCUCUCCUCCACCACCAGAGCGACUGAUCUGAAGACUCUGUUCAGCAAGUAUGGGAAGGUUGUUGGUGCUAAAGUGGUGACUAAUGCCCGGAGCCCCGGUGCUCGCUGCUAUGGCUUUGUCACCAUGUGUUCCACAGAUGAGGCCACCAAGUGCAUCAGCCACCUGCACAGGACAGAGCUCCACGGGAGAAUGAUCUCUGUUGAGAGGGCUAAGAAUGAGCCUGCUGGGAAGAAACCUGCUGACCAGUCUGGCACCGAUGGGAGACACUCCUCAGACUCCAAGUCCGAUGCAAACAAGGACGAAAAGGCUGAAGGGGAAGUCGGGAAAGAUGGAAAACGCAAUGAGAGAACAGUGGUGAUGGACAAGUCUAAGGGAGAGCCUGUUGUCAGCGUGAAAGCCAAAAGCAAAGACCGGAGCACCAAGAGUCGUGACCGCAAGUCUGCAAGCAAAGAGAAGGAUAUACUGUCAUUUGACCAGAUCAAGGAACAACGUGAGCGAGAGAGACAGAGACAGCGGGAGAGGGACAUCAGGGAGGUGGAGAGACGCAGACACUCUGGUGAGCGCGACCGCGGCAGUGGUGCAGACGGUCGCACGGAGCGCGAGCGUAUCCGCCUGUUCCGGGAGAAGGAGGAGCGUGAACGCCUGCUGCGUAAGAGAAACUGGCUGGAGGUGGAAAAGGAGCGGCUGAACUUUGACCGCUUGGAGCGUGAGUUCCUGGAGCGCGAGCGUCAGCGUGUGGAGUAUGAGCGCCGGCGUGAGCAGGAGAGGAUCCAGCGGGAGAGGGAUGAGCUCCGCAGGCAGCAGGAGCAGCUGCGCUUCGAGCAGGACCGCCGGCCCCUCAAGAGGCCAUACGCCGACGUGGACAGCAGGAAAGACAACUGGCAGGACAACAAGAGGCUGGCUAUGGAUGACCGCUAUGGGGGGCGCUCAGACUUCGGUCGCCAGGAGCGCUACCAAGACUUUGACCACAGGGACCGCAGUCGCUACCAGGACGAUUCCGUCAUUGACAGGAGGGACACUUCACGGGCUGUGGUUGCAGACCGGGAUAGUGCGCACUUCUCCGACCGUACCGAGAGGCACGGGAGGGACACUCGUGACACCUGGACCGCUGCAGGAAGUUAUGACAAGCAUACUAUUAAUCCAAGGGUGGGCCGUGACUGGGACUCAGGACGAAAAAUAGAUGGGGACCGAACAUGGCAAACAGGUCGAGACGGGGACAUCCCAGGCCAAAGUCACAUUGGGGCACGGGGAGGAAUGGCAGGUCGUGGUGGAGGCUACAUGCCAACGGGGACCUCCCAGUCCCUCUCUGGAGCUCUGAAUCGUCAGAACCAGAUGAUGCAAGGCAGUGGGAUGCAGGGUGGCGGGGCAUUCGGUCGCCGCUACUGAGGUCUGAACACCCUUGUUCCCAGUCACACGUUUAAGUGUAUGCAAGUGAAACCGUCUGCAGCUUGUAUAUUGCUCACGGAAGCUUCGUGAAUUCAGAUGUUGCUUUUAUAGUCCCUUUGACUUUCUUUCCUCAAACUAAGACACGAUUGAACUGAACAUCUGAGUUUUAAAUGUCUCUGAUCAGAUCAUCCAUUGGUUUUUCAUUCGGAGUGUCCUUUUUGUUUUCAAAUUGAUUGGAUUUUUUUUAUUUUCUAUUUUUGGUGUAUUUUAAGUGAUUUGUAUGGGUUUGAAUUUUGGUAGAAAUGCUCAGGAAUGCGUCUGCUUAAACCGUUUGCUAAAACCUGUGGGGAACUUACGAACUGCGGAGAAGUACGAACCCAUUAAUGAUCAUGAUUGUUUCAGACUUAAUUUCAGUAACUGUCAUUGUCUUUAGUUUUUGUACUUAAACAACUCUUUUUCAGACUUUGUAUUGACACUGUAACUUCUUCACAGAACAGAAGUACAUGUUCACAAUAGGACCCACAACCGUGUCAGAUUCAACUGCAGUUGUACUAUACCACUGGAUGGCACCUGAUGGCUAUUUUUCUGUGAAAUGAAAAUGCUGCCUAAUAAAAUUCUUUUUGCAGUGCAACUGCUAAACAGUU